AUGCAAACCUGCGUGUGUGAAAGUUUGUGGUUCGUAAAAGUGAGACCAUAAAUUGUUUUAUGCCACUGUAAACUUUACUCCUUUCACUUUGACUAACCAUUUUCCUAGGAUUUCAACAGCUAAUUCGUCUUUUUCUACAAAACUAGGCGGCAGAUUUACCCAAUUCUUUCAAAUUUUAAAAGAAUUGCUCGUACGUGGACUUCUUUUCAUGUAGGCUUUUUUUUGAAAAGUUUUUCAAUUUUCUGCCAAAAAAUAGAUAUAUUUAUCUUUGGUUGAUCUUCAUUUUGAAUAAUUAAAGCACCUUCUGAAUUUUUUUAAAAUAAACUCUUUCUAUAAGUUUCUAUUUGAUAUAUUUUCAAUCACGCAUCCAAUCUCUUUAUUGCGGAUCUAAUCCAAAAAAAUUGUUUCCCAUAGAAGAAUCUCAUCCAUUUCAUUUAUUUAAUUCGAAUUUAUAGGCAGUAUAAUUUUCAAGAAUGAACCUCUUGUCCCAUCUUCCGAGAACAGCCAUCGCUAAAAAGGAGAAGACGAGGGCAGAAGGCCUAAUCCAAGUGUCCAGGAUCAUUCACUCAUUCAUUCCAAGAGCAAACGGGGCGAACGACACGGAAAGUUGCGACAAAACGGCCCCGAAUUGCGGCGCGUUUACGAGGGGUCGUCCGUCAUCGGCUGCCAGAUGCCGCCGCUUCCUCUGGAACUAAACUAUUUGUCACAGACAGUACAAGCUCGAUGUUUUGGAAAUCUCAACGGCUUCGCCGAUCGUUUCCGAUCGCAAUGA